ACAAAAAAAUGAAAAUUCUUAAAUUCUUAAAAUGGAAAAUAAAAGAAACACAAAAAAUCACUCGAGUAAGUAACAACUAGUGGAGUGAAUGGUGGCUACUGAAUUCACCUUAACAUUGUUUCUCCCGUCUUCCAUCUCACUCCUUCCACACUUACAUCUACCUUACUUUCUCAUCUUCUUUCUACUAAAAUCAUCAUCAUCACGAUGAAUAAAUUAUUAUAAACAAACAAUUCUUACUAUUAUAUUUAUUCAAAACUAGAUCAAAUCGAAUCAUCUUUUUCUCUCUACUCUUUAAAACCCUAGUUAAUUAGUUACAUAGUUAGUUAGAUCAGAUCUCAACUCCAACCAUGGCUAUGGCGCCAAGAAAACCUCGCAACCGUGAAAUUCUCUUCGACUCCGUCAUCGCUCUUGUUUUCAUCCUCGUCGCUUGUGUCGACCUCUGCGACGGCGCUACCGUUGUUGAUGUUUACCGAUUAAUUCAAUACGAUAUGUCUGGUGUUCCUUUUGGAUCUCGACUUGCUAGUCUUAAUCAUCAUGCUGCUUCUCUUCAUUUCUCUCCUCAUGCUGAUCUAUCUCGCACUGUUCUUCUCAUUCCUCUUCGUGAACUCAAUAUGUCGUUUGUUCAAGAGUAUAUUGUUGCUAGCAAGCCUCUGGGGGGUUUAAUAUUUUUGCUGCCCCAGAUGUUUAAUUCCGAAAACAAAGGUGGCGUGGGAAGUAAUCGUGAUGAUGGGAACAAAGAUCUGCUGAAGAAUGUGCUGGCCGAGCUUGAACAAAUACUUAUACACACAAACUUACCUUAUCCUGUUUAUUUUGCUUUUGAGGAUGACAACAUUGACAAUGUGUUAUUGGAUAUCAAGAAGAAUGAUGCCUCUGGUCAGCCUGCUACUGCAACUACGGGCGGGUACAAAUUUGUUGUUUCAGCCACUGAACCAAAGAAAGUUGGAUCUCCACCCAUUACAAAUAUUCAGGGAUGGUUGGCAGGGCUGAAGACCGAUGGCGAUUCUCAUCAAUUACCCACCAUUGCGAUAGUGGCAUCAUAUGACACCUUUGGGGCUGCUCCGGCAUUAUCAGUGGGAAGCGAUAGCAAUGGAAGUGGCAUUGUGGCUCUUCUUGAAGUAGCUAGAUUAUUUUCUCUUUUAUAUUCUAAUCCAAAGACAAGAGGACAAUACAAUCUUCUGUUUGGGCUAACGUCUGGCGGGCCUUACAACUACAAUGGAACCCGUAAGUGGCUUCAGAGCUUUGAUCAACGUCUGCGUGAGAGCAUUGACUAUGCUAUUUGCUUAGAUAGUAUUGGCUCAUGGGAAAAUGAUCUGUGGAUUCAUGUGUCUAAGCCUCCAGAAAAUGCCUUUAUUAAACAAAUUAUGGAAGAUUUUUCAAGCGUUGCAGAAGAUUUAGGUUUCCAAGUUAAUCUGAAGCAUAAGAAAAUAAAUAUUUCAAAUUCUCGAGUAGCUUGGGAGCAUGAACAGUUUUCAAGGCUGAGAGUUACUGCUGCCACCCUCUCUGAACUCUCUACAGCACCUGAAUUGCUAGAAAGCACCGGUGGUUUGAUUGAUGGCAGGCAAUUUGUCAAUGAAGCGUCAAUUGUGAGAAGUGUGAAAUUAAUUGCUGAGUCUCUUGCGAAGCAUAUUUAUGGGCAUCAAGGAAAGAACGUACAGAUCUUUGCUGACAACAGUAACUUGGCUGUAAAUCCUUCUUAUGUUCGAUCAUGGUUAGAUAUUUUGUCGCGAACACCUCGAGUAGCACCAUUUUUAUCAAAAGACGAUCCUUUUAUUACAGCAUUGAAAAAGGAAUUAGAAGAUCAUACUGAUGAAGUCCAUCUGCAACGAGAAGUACUAGAUGGGAUGUUCACUUUCUAUGAUUCAACUACAGCAAAGCUAAACAUAUAUCAGGUUGCCAGUGUCACGUUUGACUUGCUGUUGCUUCUAGUGUUGGGAUCAUAUUUAAUUGUGCUCUUCAGUUUCUUGGUCAUCACUACUAGGGGUCUUGAUGAUCUAAUCAGUUUAUUUCGGCGGCCUCCUUCACGAAAAGUGAAGACUGCAUAAUGACAGGCAGGAUAGUGCUCUCAUGUUUGGUUUACGUAGUUCUCAUGUUUUAAUUAAAUUAUAUAGUUUCUUAGGAUGAAUGUUUGUAAUGACAAGCUUUGUAGCGUAUUUUAUUCAUCGGUUGUUAAAUUCAGCUGGUUUAGUGGUUAGAAACAACAAAAUGUUUUUGGCUGUGCUAAAUUAAGAACGCCAAAAUUUUGAUGUUAUUUGUCCGUCUUAUUUGGCACAUUAUUGUAGAGGAAAAAAGUGGUUAGCAAUGCGCACACCCUUUGAACACAGCUCACCAUGGGUUGCUAAUUUGCUGUAGCUAGGUCUUGUUUACUCUUUACUUGGAUGUAGCUCAAUAAAAAAUUGAUUUGGUUAAUUAAGAAGAUAUAAAGUUGCUGCUUGGCAAAAAGAAAGGAGAAAAAAAAACUCACAAGGUUGCAAUUGAAAAGAGCUAUUUGCAAUUGGGUACAGGUUUUUAGUUAACUUUUUACUCCCUCUGUUCUGAAAUAAGUUUAGUCUUGGCAAAGAAUGUUUUAUUA